CAAUGGUCCCCGGAGUCUUUAAACAGCCGGGACGAAGGCGGAGUAGUUAUACGUCGUCCGAACUGAACGAGGAAGCUGUCGACUUGUGUUCCUUUUUUUCUCUAUUUGACCUGAAGCACCAUGGCGAACGGACAAGUGGAAAUCCACGACCCCUUUGCGGAGCCCGUCAGCAGCCCGGAUCGGGGCCCCGAGCCCCCGUCAGACAGCGACAGCAUGGAGCCCACGGUGGAGUUCAGGGUCCUCAUGGCCUACGCCAAGAGGAGGCGACCUCAGAAGGCGGCGCCUUCAGAGGAGGCCGAGGCGCCGUCGGCCCACACGCCGGACCAGACGGAAACGGACGAGCAGCAGCAGCCGACGAGGAGGAGGAAGAAAAAGAAGAUGAGGAUGAAGCGAUGGACACGGAGCAUUUUUAGCUGCAUCAAACCUCAGACUGAAGACCAAGCGCAGAGCCGAGGAUCGAGUCACCCUGACGUACACGACCGAUGUGCUCCUCCGAAAGGAGCUGCGGAAGUAGAUGAAGUAGAAGAUGAAGAGUUGAACGAGGUAGCAGAGCGACUCACCAAGAUGGCCGACGAGAUCCCGUUCGUUCGUCCAGAUCUCGAGACGGACUCUGUGGAAGAUGAGACGGUGGAGAAGCUGAUCGGGGUGCUGCUGAGGGACACGGGAGACAAGCUGAACGAGGCGGAGCUCAAGGACUUGACCAUCAAGCUGUCUUGGGACUACGGUUUAUUUAAGCUGCUGAUGUCAACCUUCCUGACGAGGAUGGGCCUCAGGAGCCCCCACCCCGACUCCCCGGGGCCCAAAGCUUCCCCCAAGACCCAGAUCGCCGUGGCCUGCGAGGUCACCAGCCGCCUGGUGGGGUUCAACCCGCUGCCCAGGAACCGGCUGCUGGACCACGGAGCCCGGUACCUGCAGCACUACUAUUCCCCCUGGGCCCAGCAGCAUGGAGGAUAUGAAGAAGCGUUCUACAGUGACGAUGAGGACGACAGCCAGUGAGCAGAAAGGAGUUAAACUUUCCUCAAAGACUCUUCUUUCGUGUUUAAAUUCAUUCCUUUUCAUGAAAAGUUGUUCAGGUUUAUUUUGUGCCAAUUACCUUUAGCCAAAGACACAAGUGUUGUUGUGCCGUGCAAAUCAACUUUUGAAUGUGAUUUCAUGAGAAAUAAUAAUAACAAUGUUUCUUUUCAGGGAAACGCGGGCAAACUGUGGUCAUUUUAAAUUAGUGUUUGUGCAGAAGAAAACCGAAAUAUAUAUAUUUUAUCAUUUGCAUUUUUUCACAAAUAAUUUAAAUGAUGUUCACUUUUUUGUCAAAAAAUGAUUGUCUAAAUUAAACAUAAACUGAAUUGUUUGUAAUAAAAUGUAAUUUAAUAUCAA